GGUCAAUGAUGUACAUGAAUAGAACUUGCAUUAUGAAAGGGUUUAUCUAUAGAUACAGAAAAUCGUGGGCAAAUUUUCAAAAUAGCCCUAAAAGAAAAUCUCUACCACAUAUAAAAGCCACACGAAUGUGGCACCAAGCAGUUUGUAUUUGACUCUGCCAUUGAUAUCAAUCCAAUUUCCUUUCAGCCCCCCUGUAGUCCUAUAAUAGACACAGCAGCAAUCACAAGGAUCAGAACAGUUAAUUCCCUUCCAUCUCAUUCUUUAGGGAGAAUGAUGAAUGCAACAAAUCUAAUCCAAUCUCCAUGGCUUUCUACACAACCACAAACACUUGCUCUUUAUGCCUCUAGCACAUCGUUGUGCAGUAACUUUCCAAGCCACCAAAGAGGUCCAUGUCCCAAGUCUAGAAACAGCGCAUUCUUUCUCACUCAGUGCUCUACAAAACCAGGCAUUGACAGCAACAAUGCAACGAAUAGGAAUCCUGCCAUUGAACGGGAUUCAAGUUCAAAAUCUCAACAUUUGGCAACUCCCACACCAAAUCAAGCACUCACAUCUACUUGUUCAAGAGGUCUGGUGCUUGAAUUGGGUCCCAAAAACUCCUGGGAUGGUAAAGAAAUUGGCUCACCAGUUGUAAAAAGAUUCAUAGGAGACAAUGAGGAAAGGUGGUACAUGUGGUACCAUGGAAGGUCUGACGGUACCAACACUUCCGAUUCCAUUGGAUUAGCAGUCUCGCGCAAUGGAAUCCACUGGGAAAGAGGAGCAGAACAUGUUAGAUCGUGUGGGGAUGCAGGUUUGGUGAUGAGUUGCAGCAAGAAUUGGUGGGCUUUUGACACAGAGAGCAUUAGGCCUUCUGAGAUGGUUAUUAUGUCCAGCCCAAUGUACAGUGCUGUUUACUGGCUUUAUUAUACAGGAUUUAGUUCUGAAGAAGCUAACUUACCAGGAGAUCCAAACAUGUUACAAAACCCAGAAAGAGUUCAGAGUGGAGACAAGAAAGAUGCAUGUCAUAGAAUUGGCAAAAUUUCAAAGUCUCUGCCAGGCCUGGCAUGUAGUCAGGAUGGUAGGCAUUGGGCCAGAAUUGAAGGGGAUCAUCAUAGCGGAGCACUGUUAGAUGUGGGAUCUGACAAGGAGUGGGAUUCUUUGUUUAUUGCCGCACCUCAGGUUGUUGUGCACAGCAAUGAUGAUCUCAGGAUGUAUUAUCAUUCAUUUGAUGUCAAAAAUGGGCAGUUUGCUCUUGGACUUGCAAGGUCCAGAGAUGGUAUCAGAUGGGUGAAGCUGGGGAAGAUAAUGGGAGGGGGGUCAGAUGGUUCUUUUGAUGAGCUUGGGGUCAAGAAUGCAUGUGUGGUGAGAACCCACAGAGAAGGAAACUAUUUGAUGGCAUAUGAGGGUGUUUCUGCAGAUGGGACGGGGAGUAUUGGGCUGGCAGUAUCUCCAGAUGGACUGAAGAAUUGGAAGAGGCUUCAAGAAGACCCAGUUGUUAAGCCUUCAGAAAAAGAUGGAUGGGAUAAUAAAGGAGUGGGAUCCCCAUGUCUGGUUCAGAUGGAAGGCAACGUAGAUAAAUGGAGAUUGUAUUAUGUAGGUAUUGGGCAUGGUGGAAUGACUGGGAUCGGAAUGGCAGUUUCAGAAGGCAGUAACAUAAGAAAUUUUAGAAGAUGGGCAGGAUCUCACUUGUAAGAUAAAUGUAUAGUAUUGGUGUAUGUCAACAUAUCUCAAUAAUUGUUCAAUCAAACUAUUUUUCACUCUAGAUCAUAACACAAAAGUAGAAUGUGUCAAAUUCAGCUACAAAGCAAAGGUUGGUACUCUAUCCCUUGGCUACACUCCAUCUCCAUGUGUGUAUAAACACAACCCCAUAAAUGGAACAUAGCACCGGUAUUUUCUAAGGUAAAGCAUAAAAUAGGAUAGAAGGAUCUGAUGUCAAACAAAAGUUACAUGUCAAAUACUUUUAACAGAUAACUAAAGAAACACCCAAAAUUCUUCUGAAGCUCAGUUUUUACUAGAUUUGAAUUUAAAGUCCAAGUACCUUUAAUAACCAGCAUGGCUUUCUAACUAAUAAGAAGGACCCAAAAAAUGACCAAUUCACGUUCAUAAAGCAUUAAGGUUUGAAAGGUGCCACAGGCACCGCAUUACUCGUAAACUCAAACAAAGCAUUCUGUCCCAAAUAUUUGAAGUCAGGCCAAUCAAAUCCAUAAUUGGCAACCAACUCCAUCUGAGAUCAUUCCAACUGCUACCAACAGGAUAUCAUGGCUAUGUUUAGCAACACACUCCUCCUCUUUCUUUCAUUUCUCCUGAAAAAGUCGACCUCUUUUUUUCCUAUUACCAAACAACCAUCUUCACUUUUCUCUCCCAAAAAAUUCAAAUCUCCUUUCACUUUUAUAUCACAUCAAUCACUUCUUACUACUAUUCAAACAACAAAACUCUUUACCAAACGGACCCCCUAUUUAUCUCUUUUGAUUCAAUCUACAUUUUUUCCUGCCUUCCCUUGCCCAUAUACCACCCUAAAGAUGAAUCAAACUGCUCCUCCUUAAUGCAGCAGUCAUUACACUUGACCAACCAUUUUAGACUUCAUAUGUCCUAUUUUGCCCCUACAUCAUGUCAAUGCAGUUAUUACUUUCUUGUUAUUCUUUGCACUACCACUCACUGACGGAGUCCACCAGAAUACUUGUUAUGCAGAAUAUUUUCUCUGCUAUCAUUUAUCCACUGGCUCCUGGGAUGGAGCUCAAGAUCACGAAGUCACAGACCAGCAUGAAGCUUUGUGAAGCUUUAUGAUUUCAAUAAGUAGUUGUGUUGUUCUCAACUACCUGCAGUUCUAUUUAUUUAAGUUUAUUUAGGAUGCUAUUGUUUACGGUUGUUAUAGUUUAUCAAUAAGAAGGCCAUUGCCUAGAAAAGGAUGUAACCGAGCAUUAUGAUGAUUAUGCAAACUAUUGGAAAUUCCCCAACAUUCUUUAGAUG